CGGAACGUGCACGGAUAAUCAAUCAUUUCGACAAACCUCCCGUUUGGAACGGCAUUGUUACGUAAUUGGCGCCCCCGAAUGGGGACAUUUGGAACCGCAGACUGCAUCCUUAAUUACACAUUUAUUAAACGCCAAACAGUAGUUUUGACCAUCGAUUCUUGUCACCGGGACUCUUCACCUACACCCAGUUAACCCCGUUUCCCUCCUAGCCCCAGGGUCCUGCUCCUCAUCUCUCUCUUUGACCGAAGGGCCCACCAAGUUGCCACGAAUUCUGGUAACUGAGCUAAUUUGGAGAAGGGAGAAAGACGGCAGCCAACUGUUGAUCCAGGCCGGACCUGGGGAGAGGACGUGGGGAAGGGAUUAUAUGGCUUCCUUUUCCACCAGAAGGAUCUAGUUCAGCUGCGGCAUAAGAGUGGUCAUCAGCAGUCAUAGGCGAGUGGAGGCAGCAGCGAAAGGAGGAGGCUCAGUCCCCGACAGCUCAUCUCGACUCUUUUUCCAGUCCCCAUGGCGAACCCUGCAGAAUUUCGAAAUCAGCGGGAUCUGUGUCCCCCAGGCGAGCUACCAUCCCUCCACCUCCUGGAUUCGAGGCUGUGGCCCUGUUCCAUGUACCACCCCUAUUUCAGCAGCUACUUCCAUCCCUGGACCUCAGAACACAUGUGUAACAGGACAGGUCACUUUUUGCCUCACUCAUACCAGGGCCCUCCGGAAUUCAUCUUGCCACCCCCAGUUCGCUACCUGCACUCUCUCCCACCAUACCCCUGCCCACCUCAGGACGACCCAGUCAGAGAUCUGCACAAGAUGCUCGAAGCCGCCCUGGCCCCCAGCCGAAAACGACACCUGUUACAGACCUCGACUCAGAGGCUCCCGGCUCCUUCAGUAUCCCAGGCCAGAGCUGGCUGGGACCCAGGCGCCUUCCCCCCGGGGGUUCCUCCACCCCCGGAAAAGCUUGCCCUUCAUUUCCCGGAGCCUCACCGUGGGAACGCACGCAUCUGGAUGACUCCUAAACAGAGUUCUUUGAGCCAUCAGACCGCGGAUACCAGCUCUCAGAACGAGAAGCUCCAGACGUGUGACAGGAAGCCCCUUGAGGACAGCAGUGACAUCUUUUACUCAAUCACUGCUGUGAGUGAUAACGAUGAUGACGAGAAUGCGAGGCCCAGGCAUCCGAAUGAAUGGGACGGAGCGGGCUUCGUGGCCCUGCGCACCUAGAGAGGUGCAGAUUGUGGCCGGAGGAUUUGGUGUUAACUCAACAAAGUGCAGAGGGGACUCUGCUGUCGCUCCCAAUG